AUGCAAAGGGGAGACAUUGUUCCGAUUCAUUUCGAUGGAAAGACUGAAUGGGCAAUUGGAAAGAGAGGUCCUUUGGCAAUGACUGACAAGGUGGCGAAAGAAACAAGAUCUCAACCAAGAUUUCAAAAUAUACUGCAACGCGAAGCCGUUUUCGUUUAUCGAGUUUCAGGUAUUGGUGUUGUUUUUGUUUCGUCAUUGGGUUCAAUGCAGCAGCACGAAUUGAAAAAGGAUGACAUAUUGGUUCUCAACAAUAGUUCAUUGGUUGUUUGGAAUUGCCGAUAUGAAAUGAAAGAUACUGACACAGGUGACUGCAUAUUCUGCCACUUCAAAGGACCCAGUGUAGCUAUAACCCAAGGUCUGAAUGCUUUAACACUAUUUAAGUGGAGCCCGAAUUAUAAAGAAACCAUAGAAAAUAUUGAAGAAGCCAUGAAAGAUUAUCCAAACGAUGAAUAA